AGUGACCAGAAACCCUAUCGCAACAUCUUCUUCUCCAAAUUUCAGAGGGCCGCCGUCUGCUUCUCUCGCCAAUCCCUCAUCGCUCUCCCGAACAAAGAGUACGGUUGAAAGAAUUGAAUCCAAAAACAAGGACGUUUGAAGAAUCUAACUCCAGACUUCAGGUUCUUUAUUGCCUCUUAGAUUUAUUUCCUUUCAAUAUUUCUUGAUUUUUUUCCGGUAACAAGAGAGAUAGAGAUAUAUCGAGAGAUUGGAGGGCAGAGAUAGUAGCAAGCAAUCUACUCUUCUUCGAGCCGCCGCCAAUGGGGUCUCAGCCUAAGGGAUCGGAGGGGGGAUCGACGGCUGAAGAAUGAGUUGUUUUGGCUCUUGCGGUUUUUUGGUAAUACUAGGAGGAGAACACCGCACGAUGCGCGGUGUGAUUUUUAAAUUAUAGAACUGUGGAAUUGAUGAAGGCUUGCUGAAAGACUGGCAUUUAAGGAAUUGCUUCUGCUUGCAUGUGGUUUUGGUCCUGUUGGUUUCAGCUUGAGAAAGUAAUAGAGUGAAGAAAGGCCAUGGGAGGUGGACGGAAAAAUUUGAAGAGGGCUGUUGAGGAAGAGACCUUAACGCUUCAACAAGGGCAAAGCAUCAUGCAAGUUGUGGACCUGCGGGGCUCCAAUCUUAUUGAGGUAAUGGAUGCAAAAAGGGAAAGAUUGUUAGCUAUAUUUCCAGCAAAAUUUCAAAAGAGCAUGUGGAUAAAACGAGGGAACUUUGUGGUGGUUGACGAGACUGGAAGGGAGGAAGCAGCUGAAUUUGGUCGGAAAGUAGGUUGCGUUGUUAUACAAGUGCUCUUUUAUGAACGAGUACGAGUGCUCCAAAAAUCUCCUGAAUGGCCAGAAGUAUUUAAAGCAGCAACUUCAGGAAAUUCGAAGCAGGAUUUGCAGUCGCACACUUCAAAUAUGGAGGAGAAUGACAAUUCAAGUGAUGAUGAUAGACUUCCACCUUUAGAAGCCAAUACAAACAGAUUGAGACCUUUCCAAUCACAUUCAGAUACAGAGUCAGCUUCAGAUUCUGAUUCCGAGGCCUGAUGCAUACUUUUUCCUAUUUAUUAUGCAUGGAUCUCAAGAGAUGACCGGAAAACUUCUUGUAAGAAUAGAGGAAAGACGUACUUCUGUCCUGUGAUGCUGCUUCAUGGUUGAAGCUUCACCAAGUUCAGAGCAAUGCGAAAUUUUGCAAUGUCUGCUAUAUGUUUUAGGGCUUACUUUCCCACAUUUGAGAUUUUAAGACGGCAGUACAUCAUCAUACAUUAUGGUUAAAAUUGGACUCAUUUUGUGGUGUACCAUCAUGGUAGGAUAAUCUUUGAGGUGUUGCGCCCUCUAUCAAGUGAGGAUUAUUUGCAGUUCAUGAAAGGCUACUGUGGGAUUCUAGCUAGUCAUCUGCUGUUUCUUGUACGUCAUCUGCUGUUUCUUGUACGUCUGUGCGUGAGAGUCAAAAAAAUGAAUGGUGUACAUGUAAGCGGAGGAAAAAUGAGGUAAAAUACAAAGAAAUCUGAAGCGGUCUUUUCAUUCCAA